AAAGUUGCUGUAGAUGUGAAACGAACAUUCAUCGGAAUCCUCAAUGAAUCCAACGAAGCACUCCAAGUGAUGGAACUACUAAUCGUGACCACGGCGACUGUUUCAGUUCAUAUUAAAUCAUUCCCCAUUACAAAUCGAACGUACCACGGAGAGACAAUCCUAACAUUGAAUAAUAUUUGCAAGUUUGGUGAAAAUUGAAUUAUUCUAUUAUCGGCAAAAUCCUGCUACACAAUCGCGUUGAGCGAGCAGCAAAAACUAAACCUAUUUUUUAACUGAUAACACAGUCAGUCUUGUCAGUAAAAGUGUAAACGAGACGUUGAUUUGUAGUAUGGAUUUGAAGAUCAGUUCAAUUCCUUGAUGUCCGAAGAUCUACGUAAAUGAGUCGUUGGGUUUUUGGCAACUCUGAAUUUGUGUGUUGUUACAUGGAAAUGAGUGCUCAGAAACUGGUGAUAAAUUAAACCGUUUUGUGAUGUUAAGGAGUCAAAGAUAAUCGAUGGAAGCUGCGUACGAUAGGGAUAGUGGACAAAAUUUCAGUGCUCGAUUAAAUCUAUACAAAUCUGGUGGAAAAUACUUUGGCGUCGAUAGUGCGUCAACCGAAAUCGUCUGUAUGAGUUAUCAACCUGUGAAAAGAAACGCGAUGGAUGACAUUAACUGGAGCAAAAUUAUUUACAUAGAAGAUGAACAGAAGCUAAUAUAUUUCGACCAGAAGACUUACAAACUUCCGGAAGCAAUUCUCAACCUCUAUUCGGACCGCGUCCGGCAUUUGGAUCUUAGCUACAACAAACUGUCAUCGUUUGAAUCUCUCGAACUAUUCUGCAACCUCGAAGAACUAGUCUUGGAUAACAACUACCUAACAGACGACAUCAUAUUCCCCGCCCAGCUUGAUCAAGUCAAGCUGCUAUCGAUUAAUAACAAUAAGUUUGAAAACCUAGAUUUACUUCUCACGAAGUUAUCUCUCUGCUUCCCGAACCUGGAAUACUUAAGCUUGCUUGGGAAUCCCGCCUGCCCAUGCCAUUUUCUGAACCUCAAAUAUUCGGAGUACGACUAUCUAAAAUAUCGGCUGUACAUAAUUCGAUACCUACCCCGACUCCAUAUCCUCGAUGCGCAGCGCGUAAAAAAGAUGGAACGUGAUUUUGUACGAAGCCAACAGCUGCAGGAAUACGAAGAGGAAGAAUCAGGCAGUCGGACCGGAAACACACUUAAGCAUUUCUAUGCGAACCUAAGCAACAGGCUGGGCGUACGUCGCAAAGAGCCACCGGUCUACCAUCCGUUGCCGGAAAACAUCCGCGAAGCUGGUGACCAUCGGGGAGCUUACGGCAAAUGUCGCUAUCGUUACGUCGGCGCUCAGUCUGAGGGGAACCGGUUUAUACUGAAUACGGAUUUAUGAGUACGUUUUACGUUUGCAGAUACUGCUGCUUUUAUUUCGUUUGGUAAUGAUGAUAAUAGGAAUAAACAUAACAUAUAGAAAUAUAGA